UAUGACCAGGAAAAGAUCAAUAAGUGGAAAUCUGAACUAGACAACCUCCUCGUCUUUGCCGGUCUGUUCUUGGGGACAGUCACGUCAUUUACUCUUGAGUCGUACCAAUGGCUAUCACCAGAUUUGGAAGACAUCACAAACCAGCUGCUCCUUCAAAUAUCAGCACAGCUUGCAUCAUUCGCUAUAUCUCCUGGAUUCACCAACUCAACUGCCCCAGUCGUGGCCCUGAGGAAGCCAUUUGUACAAGAUCCCACAGAUGUGCUAAUCAACAUGCUUUGGAUCCUCAGCCUCACCUUCAGUCUCAUUGCUGUCUUCUUCGCUAUUGCUGCACAACAGUGGCUACGU